AAAAAACAAUGGAUUUUUGAAGAAUAGCAAUUAGCAAGGCAUGAGGGCAGGUUAUCGUUACUUGCAACGAUUGUCCCUGAAGGCACGCCCUCUUUGUUGAAGGGAGCUCCUCCCAUGGUUUCUUCUUCUUUCUUCCCUCCAUUUCUUCAUCCAUCAUCAACUUCCUUUCAUCCCCCCCAUACCAUCUUAUGACGUCUAAACCUCAGCCAUUGCCGAAGUUCGGCGAAUGGGAUGUCAAGAAUCCCUCAUCUGCAGAUGGGUUCACGGUUAUAUUCGCAAAGGCACGGGAUGAGAAGAAAACCAAUGAAACCGUCACCACCGCUGCACCCCAGAAGAAUAACAAAGGCCCUCCUCCACCGUCCCAGCAGCAGCAGCACAAUCGGAAAACCGAAAUGGAAUCAACGAACUCUAGAUUUUGUUGUUUUUGAUGAUUGUUAAGGCGCCAUUGUUAACAAGAUCACGGUGGAUGCUGUGUGGUUCUUGAUUGAUUCAUCAAAACUUCAAAUGGAUGGUGGCUGGUUUGGGUUGACGACGAUGAUGAUGAGACGAAGGUUAGGGUAUGUCAAUUAGCUUUUACCAUUCACUGUGAAUCAAAGAACUGCAACAAUAUCUUGCUUAUAAUCAUCUCAUUUGAUUAGUGAGUUAUAGGUGUAAUUAGAAUAUUAGAUCGUUCCAUAGAUGUAUGUGUUUACUUAAUUGGAAAAUUAUAAAGAUUGUUCAUGAAACAUGAUCACUA